AGAGUACAGCGCGGAGAUUGUGGGCGGGGCUUCUCGCUGUUGUCCUGGUAACCGUGCAGACCACCCGGGCUCCCUCCAGCCUAAUGCCUUGAGCUCAGCGAGUCCCCGGAUGAAGAACAAGAAGCGGAGGAAGGGGGAAUGCCUUUCUAUGAAAAUGUUUACUAUCCUCUUGAAGCUUCAGACACACUGAGUACUCCUUCGAUGCCACGUCCUUCAUCCCCCACCAGAAUGCCUUCCUACAUCCAUGACUCUCCAUUUAAAUUCAGGACCCGCCAUGCAAGUGUUGACUGGAGAAGGAUUGGGGCUAUUGAUGUGGACAGGCUGGCUAAAGAAUUAGAUUUUGUAACUCUUCAGGAAAACAUCAUGGGUAUCACAUUCUGUAACAUAGAGAUUGAGAAGUGCCCGCAUUGUCACUGCAGCCUCGACCCUAUGCUGCUGAAGCUGUUCAGACUAUCUCAGUACACUAUUGAGUACCUGCUCCAUACUCAGGAGUACCUGACCACUAAUCUAAAGACAUUAGAAGAGAAGGUCCGCACCACCUCGGCUGAGACAGAGCAGAUACAAGCAAAAAUGGCCAAACAGACUCAUGAAAUAAAGACACUUAAAGAGGAAUGCAAGCAGAGGAAGAAGAUCAUAUCUGCCCAGCAAAUGAUGAUCAGUGCCAGCACUGGGCCCUACCACAAGUGCCAACAUUGUGAGAAGACAUUCAUGAAUCAGUCUUACUUGCAAAGCCACAUGACAAGGAGACAUCCAGAAGGAAAGCAAAAUAUCCAGUCAAGUAAUAAACUGCAGCAUGAGGUAAACUGUCUAAAAGAAGAAUUACGGCUUACCAAAAGUCAGCUGGAAGCAGAACAAGCAGCUCAUUUAGAGAAACUUUCACAGAUACAGGAAAACGAACUUAGAAAAUCAAUUGAACAAGAUGUUUCAAAAAAGUUCGAUGAAUGGAAAAAAGAAGAAAGAGAAAAAUUUGAAGAUAAAUUGAACAAAGUAACAGAGUCAUUUAUGAAAGAGCUUAAGGAAGUGACAUCCAAGAACACCUGUUUAGAAAAUGAGCUUCAUGAAAUAAAAAAAGACAGUCUGCACAGGAGAUCUGGCCUUGGCACUCUGCAGGAGAGCCCACCAAGUGAUACAGAGGAGGGCAAAUCUUCAUGUCCACAUGAUGUUCAGAGUGUGAAAAAACUUCUUGAAAUGCAGGAAGAAAAGUGGGAAAAGCGCCUACAUCUUCUUUACCAGGAGCAUGAGAAGGAGAAGAGCCAGCUUUUAUCAAAAAAUGAGAAGCUAACAUUAUCAGUGAAUGAAUAUCAAAAGACGUCCAAUGAUUUCUACAAGAAACGACUGGUUGACCUUGGACAGAGACUUCAGGAACAAAAUGAAUUAAUUAAAUGUCAAAAAGAUCAGAUUAAAGAACUAUCCUCUAAACCACCAGUGGCCAAAAGAUAUUCAGCUCCAACACUUGUGCCAGUAUUACAGAGUGUUGAACCAACAAUAAGUGUACCAGUAACAAGAGACUUGGACAGUGAAGAAGUAGCGAGCACCAACAAACUGUUGAUAAAUUCUCUGAAGAAGAACCCUUCAGUAACCAGAGCACUUCGGGAAGUCUUGGAGCAGGGGCUGGUGGAGAAAUUGGAGUCCUUGGGAGUUAAAGCGGGUGCACGUGGAGUCCCAAGUGAUCAGUUUAACAGAGUUUUGGACACAGUAGAAACUUUGAGGGAAGAAAAGGAAAAAUUAUUACCAGAAAUACCACAAAUUUGGCAAAAUCUUAACAAGCUUGUAAACAAAAAGGUGGAACAACGAGCGUCCGCAUCAUCUUUGAAACUUAAUUCCAGCUCUCAACUUUCUACUGAUGUCUUUUCCACAUUUAAAUCCUCUACUAUGGGAAGUGCAUCCUCUGCUUCAUUGCCCAGACAGAGGAAGUCCAGAGCAUCAAUACUAACAUCUUCACAAGAAGAAUUACAUGCUGAAGCAAGGUGUUCCAUCCCAGUAAUGAGCUCCACCCUAAAAACUACGCUGGUGUCCUCAAAGGAAGCUCAUGUACUACCAUCAAGUAUUACGACACCUCCGUUUAGCUCCGAAGAUGUGUCAGACUUGCAGGAUGAGUUCGUGCAGCAACACAAACAUCAUAAUUGUUUGAAAUCGAAAUCUUCACUUAAUGGAAAAGUUAGUGUUGGUUUUGCAUCAACAGAAAGUGAGUCAGAAGGGAGUGUGCUGGAGGAGAUAAAGCAACAGCCGGCACAUAAGUCAGCUCCAGUUAAACCAGCCAGAGCAACAUUAGUGAAAGAACGUUCUAAACAGCUGGAAGCAGCCCGGUCAACACGUACAGCUGAUCUAAAACUUGUUGGUGGUGUGGAUAUUGCUGAUGCCUUUGUGAAAAAGGACCCAGUUAUGGAGUUAAAGGUUACUGACCUCGAUGACACUCAAUCUGACUGCACUUCUGUAGAGGACGAACCUUUUGAAAUACGAAAACCCAGACAAGCUAGUGUGCACAAAAAAGAGUUUUCUGCUACUUAUGUUAAAAAUUCUUAUAGUGCUUCUAUGCUGACAAAAGGAGAUGCCCGUGACGCUGACACCUCCAGUACAUUAGUGAGUAGUUUAGUUAGCGUGAGUGACCUCAGUGACUCGUCGGAUGCCUGACUCUUUGGUCAUACUAUACAGCACCUUAUGAAUUUGUGAAGCUAGUGUUGGCAAUCUUGUUUUAUAUGUGUCUUAUUUUUUUUAAAUUAUUAUAAGAGAUAGUAAAUAUAAUUAUUGUCCUCACUGACUACAGAUAUACUCUAUUAUUCUGUUUUCAUAUGUCUUUCUGUCCACACUCUGACAUCCAACCUUUAUACGGUACAAUGAAUUCAUUGUGAAGCACUUGUUCUUAUUUUUAUUUCCUCCCUCACAUUACUCUAAUGUAUAUAUCAUGAUCAGUUGCACAGUAGAGUCUUGCUAAAUUUAUACAGUGUUCGUCCACUUGCAAUUUGAUGUCUAAAUAUUUCAGAGCACUGUUACAAUCCAGAUUUCUAUUUUGUAGAUUGCAAUCCAGUGUUUCUACUAGGGACUUUACCCCUCCCCCCCAUAAAUUCCUAUGAUAAAGGGCACCUGAACAGUAAUGUUCCCUGUCCAAUUUGGAUAUAAGUCCAAGAAUAUAUGUCUUCUUUUUUUAUGGUAUGCCAAGCUGUAAAGUACAAGAUUGUUGAUAUUUUUGUAAUACCACAUUUAUUCAGUGGUCAGAAAAGUGGUACUGUAUUUUUAUAACUUUUUGUACUGGAGCUUUUGAAAAAAAAACAGUAUUAAAAUCUGAUCUUGAAGUGAAAUUAUUUGUCUGCUAUGUAUGCAAUAAUAAAAAUGUGAAUAAUGAUUUUAUUUAAACCAGUCCAUCACAACCUUAAAUGCUUUAGCUACAUCAAGGAAAUAUGCACUAAAACUGACAAAACAACGACUGCAGAAAUACCAUGAAAUACAACAAUGUCACACCAAUAUAAGGUCAAAACCCAUCAGACACAAAUCUUAUAUUCCAUCACCAUCCUUUUUUUGGUAGGUAAAAGUACCAUCUCUGGGCUUGUCUAUUAUAGGGCAAAGAAGGAGGUACAGAAACUGCAAAACCUGAUGAAAAGCUUCUUGAACUCUCCACAAUUUGCCAUGUUGUCUUUUCUAUUUAAUGCUCAGAAAAACAAUAUUCAUGCAACUAGUUGGACUUAAAGUAUAAAUCAUAAGUCAAACACAAUUACAUGAAU